AUGGCCACCGAUCCAUUUGAUGACCUCCUCGAGCUCGAGAACGACUACUACAGAGAAGGCUAUGAUGCCGGCGUGGCUGACAGCACCUAUGCUGGUAUGAUCGAAGGCAAAGUAUUUGGAAUUGAGAAAGGCUACGAGAAAGCCUUGGAACUGGGCAAAUUACACGGGCGUGCUCUAGUGUGGCGAGAGCGAUCAGAGAAAGCGGUUUCUAAGGACGCUGCCACAUUGGAGACUCUUGAUUCUUCACGGCUGAGAGACAUCAUCCAAACUCUUUCGCAGCUGUCAGACAAUACCCGCUUCCGAAGGCAUGUGGAGGGUUUGUACGCUGCUUCCGACGGUGCUACCAUCGCAAAAGACAACUCGGACGAAGCAGUGACCGAGUUUGACGACCGCAUUACUAAGGCAAAAGCAAAGGCCAAGGUCAUUGGAAAUAUUGUGGGAGAAUCACUCAACUCGACCCCUGCCUCGAACGUGGGCAUUGAAGAUGCUACUGGCUUGCAAGCUCGACAUUGA